AACACUGCUCCUUCCAGUCUAUUCGGGGUCUACAGUUCGAUAAUGCACUGGUGGAGUCUACUCCUGGCUACUGUAGCCUCAGGCGCUGCUGCUGCCGCCAUCGAAGGGCCAACAGCUACAGAUCUCCCUCUGGCCUCGACCACAGAGCCAGAUUGGUUCCAGACCAGACCGCAAAGCUAUGAAGGCGUUACCAUGACCGGCUCUGCGCCUCUUCUCGCGGAGACGAACCCCGUCGACUUAGGACAAAAGACCUUUGUUGCCAAUGACCCGUUGCAGACCUCGCAGCCUAUCAAAGGUGCAAGAGGUCGAAAUAUCUUUCAUCUGAUGGGUAAUCUCAGCCCAUUCUUCGUUCCAGAAGAAGGAUUCGGCGUAGAUGAAUAUCCUCUUCCCGAAGGAGCAACCAUAUCCCAGGUCCAUCUGAUUCACCGGCACGGGUCCCGAUACCCUUCCGACUCAGAAGCCAUUGCCCAAUUCGCGCAGCGCAUCUCAAAUGCGACAUCCAAGGGCACCAAGUUCACCGGAGCCCUCUCCUUCCUCAACGCCUAUUCCUGGAAGCAAGGUGUAAACAUCCUCGUUCCCAAAGGCCGUCAAGAGCUCUUCGAGAGCGGCGUUCUUCACUUCUACAACUAUGGCGCUCUAUACAAAAACACCUCUAAACUCGUCGUGCGCUCAACAACAAGCGAUCGGGCCCUGAAGAGCGCAGAGAACUUUCUAGCGGGCUUCUUCGGUCUGGAAUGGAAUGAGCACGCCAAUAUCCUGCAGCUCAUCUCCGGAGCAGGAUUCAACAGCUCCCUAACCGGCAUGUCUGUUUGCAGAAACGCCGCGCAGGUCUUCGGCAGCCUCGAGACCGACGCAAUGAAGGCAUGGCAGGACAUCUAUCUAAAGCGCAAGACCAAGAUCUUGCAGAAGCUCGCAGGCCCCAAAUUUAACUGGACAGUCUCCGACAGCGCCAACGCGCAGACUCUCUGCUCGUACGAAACGGUCAGUUUCGGAUACAGCCCCUUCUGCGCUUUAUUCGACUAUGAAGAGUGGGAAGGAUACUCGUACGCCUCAUCGAUCAUGUCGUCUUCCCUAAUGGGCUUCGGAAGCCCCAUCAGUCGCGCCACCGGAAUUGCCUGGGUGCAAGAGUUCCUUGCGCGGGUUCAGGGCCACCUCCUUGACGACACUGCCCUCGCCGGACAGACGAGCGCAAAUCUAACUCUCGACACGAACCCGGUUACCUUCCCACUCGACCAGCCGCUAUACUUUGAUUUUGGUCACGAUGCAAGUAUCCUGGCUGCGCUGUCGGCGUUUGGGAUCACGCAGUUUGCCGAGUAUCUCCCGCCGACGGGGCCGCCGAGGCAUCAGCAGUUUUAUGCGGAAAGGGUUACGCCUUUUGCAGGGCGGUUAGUCAUUGAGAUUAUCGAUGCUCCGCAUGAGGUUAGGGCUGAGCGCUCUAGCUCCGGUGAUUCACCAUAUAUAUUGAGGAAGGGCAAGACGCGGUAUGUUCAUUUCAUGCUCAACCAGCGGACUGUGCCACUACAUGCUAGUUUUGAUGAGUGUGAGUACAGGGAUGACGGCUGGUGUGAGUUGGGAACUUUCUUUGAGAUUCAGAAGGGUAGCCUAAAGAAAGCUCAAUUUGAGUAUUCUUGUGAAGGGAACUGGGAGAUUGGCCCUUAUGGGAGUGUCACUGAUGGGGUGCCGCCUCAUUGAUUUGGACAAAAAGUAGGGCUUAGAUGUUCCUACGGCAUGGUGAGUCGAAGCUUAUCGAACCAAGACUAGUUAGGCACAUAUAGCACGAGAAGAUGG